AUGGUGGUUUCCAGUCACCUCACAAGGGAGGACCUCAAAUCAUCAGCUUAUGUGAGGGAGCUGGAGGACUGGUGCCUAGACCUGGCAGAAGCCCAGUACUCAAUCUUUGUACAGAAUAAACACCUGAGGAGCGUGAUCCAGGAACUGGGAAAAAUGGCCUUAGAGAAUCAGAUAGACCUGGAUGUUCACAUCCCAGCUUCCUACCACAACGUGAAGAAAGAGAGAGAUACUCUCCACUUGCACUUUGAGUACAACAAGAACAACUAUGAGAACCUCAACCACCACCAGUCCCUACUGAAGGGGAAGCUGCAGGUCCUUGAGAUGAAGAAGGCAGCCUUGCAGCUCUGGAUGAAAAAGAUCAACAAAUCUAAUCUCCUGCUACAACAAGUUCACACUUUGAUGGACGAGCAUGGCCCAAGUCAUGUCCAGGUGCCAGAGACCUUCUUCGCCUAUAAAAAAGGAGAAAGGAAAACAAAACAAAAUACAAAGGACAGAAAAAUACCACCAGGGACCCCCACCCCACCAGCAAGCCCAGGGAUUCACACUUACGGACCCCAGGACAGAGGCACCUCAGGGACACCUGGGGAAGAGCCCUGCUUGGGAACCCCUAGGGCCCUCCGACACCUCGGGGACUUCACCCCCAAGCACUGCUGCCACCCCAGGAAUUCUCCAGGGCCGUCCUCUCACCUCCAGCGCCACCCCCGCCCGGAAGGCCCGCCGGGGUCGGCGGCUGCUCACCCCCGGGGCUCUCCGGGUCGGGACCCCCCCCUAGGGCCCUCCGACACCUCGGGGACUUCACCCCCAAGCACUGCUGCCACCCCAGGAAUUCUCCAGGGCCGUCCUCUCACCUCCAGCGCCACCCCCGCCCGGAAGGCCCGCCGGGGUCGGCGGCUGCUCACCCCCGGGGCUCUCCGGGUCGGGACCCCAAGAACCGGUGGCCUCACCCCGCUCGUCCCCCGACCCCGGCUCCCCAGGCCCCGGCUCCCUGGUCCCCCCGACUCCCGGUCCAUCCUCACCAGCCGCAGAGUCUCCGUUGAUGCCGGGCAGCGCAAGAGCCAGCAGCACGAGCAGCGCGGCCGUCAAGUCGCCGACCAAGCGUCACCGCCAACUGCCACCGCCGCAGCAGAUAUGAGAACCGGAGGGGCUUCGGGCUGUGCCCGGGGCCAUGACCCAGCAUGUUAUACCUUCUUCUUGGCCCUAGCCAACUUCUCCUGUCGGACUUCCUCUGGCAUUUCUGGGCAGGGAAAAGGAAAGGGGUACCGCCGCCUCGUCGCCAUCAGAGCACUGGACAUCACUCCGUCCAGCUAA